AUGCAAAAACAAGAAGAGGAGAAGCCCAUUGCCGAAUCAUUCGAAGCAGAGCUUGCUUCCAUCAAAGAGAAAGGAAAGGAUCUUAAAGGCACAGAACGUGACUUUUACACGUCAAUUGUACAACGUCUUGAAAAUAAUGACCAAGUUCUUCAAGAUCUCCGUAAGGAGCAUACUCAACUCCGUGCAGAGCUUGCGGAUCUUACCAAAGAAAAGAGCAAACGCACAAGAGAUCCAGAUCUCGCUCAAGAUAUCAAGAGAACUACACAUUCAGUCAAUCUUUUAAAGAAACAAAUCGAUAAGUUCAAACACCAAAAGCAAGAAGCUAUUAAUCGUCAAGCAGAACUUCAAGUUCAGUAUCAAAAUUUAACAGGAGGCGAAGGACCAAAGGAUACAACAGCAGAGCGUCUUGUUUCACUCAAGAACAAGCUAGAUAACGCCGAAAUUAAGAACCAAGAGACUCUUCAUUUGAAGAAAGUUUAUGAUUCGAUUGUUUACCAGCUUCAGCGCCAGAAGAUGCACUGGAACAGACUUAUCGAAGAGCAGAAGAAGGAAAUCGAACAAAAGAAGCGCGAUCUUGCAGAUCUCGAGCUAAUUGCAAGAGAUUCAAUUCAUUCCAAGAACGCAGCCGAAAUGGAGUACUCUCGCUUACAAGCAAAGUAUGCUGCCAACAGAGAGAAGCGUAACCAGCAAAUACAAGCCAAAACCGCACAAGUUCAGCAACAUAUGCAUGUUCCUAUCUCAGAAGACAGCGGAAACGACUCCCGUCCAAAAGGAAACCAAUCUCUCAACUCUCAGCCAUCAGCCGUUCGUAAUCGUAACAACCGUGCUCAAAGAGAGAAGAAAGAUGAAAAAUUCAGAUCUGUUAGUGCGAAAUACGACGAAAUCCGUGAAUAUUUCGGCACAAACGAUCCAGAUGAGAUCCACAAGUUCUUCGAGGAUAGAAAGAAGAACGCAGAAACCCUUAGAAAACAAAUUGAAGAUCUCAAAGCGGCAAAUGCAGAGUUAGAGAAAGAAGUCGCCCAAAGAAAGUCAGCUCUUGAUGAAGCUGAGUACGCUUCCCAUAAAGGAGUUGGCGGAAACAGAUUAUUAACUGAAGCCAAGAAGAUCUUGAUCAAAUCCAAGGAAGAAUUGAAUGAAAGUGAAAAAGAAAUGUCCGCACAACAGAAUUUCCGCGAAAAUGUCGAAAGCGGCAUUUAUCAUUUGGCGGAUGAAAUGCAAAUUGUUCAGAAAGAGCCAUUGAAGGUCAAUAACACACAAGAAUGUCUCGAUUGGAUUAUCCAAACAAUUACAAAGGUUAAAGCUUCUCUUGAAGAUGAAGAUUUCGAUUUCAUGACAAUUUGCAACGCACAAGUCGUUGCACAGAAGAUCCAGGCAGAGAACAACUUCGAUAUCAGAGAAACAGAGUCAUCAAAGAGACAACCAAAGGCAAGACCAGGAGAAAUGUUACGUGGAAGACAACAAAAAGUCGACAAAGGAGAAUUCGUUAGCCGUGUAAUGGAUAGAAACGCAAUCAAGGCAUUGGCUCAAAGAACUGCUCAAGCUAAGGCAGAAGCUGCUGCCAAGGCUCGUAAGCAGUAA